AUGAGUGGGAGAAAAAGAAUGCCACGGCAACUAUUUCAGCUGGUGGUACAUUUUCUAAUAUCCAACAUCAUCACCAUCAUCUACUCAGACUCAGUGGUAGUAUUGAUCUUCCUACUACUACUCUUCCUCACAAAGGGAACAAGAUCAGCAGCUGACUCUAAUUCUCAUUCCAAACAGUGCCAAGAGAAAUGCGGGAACGUGAGCGUUCCUUAUCCAUUUGGCAUUGGGAAAGGAUGCUACAUGAACCCCAUGUUUGAAGUCUUUUGCAAGGAGUCAACUCUCUCCUAUUCCGGAUUUACAACGUUGGAGAUCUCUGUGGAUCAUUAUGUGCGCAUAUAUGGUCCUACUGUUGUUAACUGUUACAACAAGUCGUCUGCAAAAAAUUCUUCUGUAAGUCAUGGGUUGGAUUCGUUACCAUUCCGAGUCUCCCACACCAAAAAUAAGUUUGUAGCCAUGGGAUGUAACAUCUUUGCUUAUAUGAUUGAUGGUCACAAUAAAAACUACAUAAGUGGUUGUGCAUCCCUGUGCUAUAACACAACCAAGUUCAUCGGUGGUGGCUGCCAGACUAAUAUUCCGGAAAAUCUCUCCCCCUUUGAUUUGCGAAUCCAAAAAAUAAAUACCACUGAACAGUUCUGGGCUUCUAAUGAGUCAUGUAGUGGUGUUGGCUGCCAGACUAAUAUUCCGGAAAAUCUCUCCCCCUUUGAUUUGCAAAUCCAAAAUAUAAAUGCCACUGAACAGUUCUGGGCUUCUCAUGAGUCAUGUAGCACUGCUUUCAUUGCCGAUAACAACUUCUCCGAAUUCAAUACCUCAGUAUUUACUGAUGACGAAUUCUUGCCUGCUGUCCCGUUGGUGCUUGACUGGGCAAUUCGGAGCAAUCUUUCUUGCCAAGAAGCUAGCGGAAGAAAAGACUAUGCAUGUGGCAAUAACAGUAAAUGCUUUGAAGAUGGCAUGGGAUAUCAUCGAUGUCGCUGCUCUGAAGGUUACCAAGGGAACCCUUACCUCUCCGAUGGAUGCCAAGAUAUUGAUGAGUGCAAAGACCCAAAAAAGAAUAUUUGCCCAAAGGACGCUUUUUGCUUCAAUACAGCAGGUAGAUACAAGUGCAAAUGCAAACCUGGUUACCACAUGUUAGCUGUACAUGUUUCUUUAGGUAUUGGAAUUGCUGUUGGUGCUCUAGUCUUCAUCACUAUUGGUUUAUGGUUGUACCGUAAACUCGAGAAGAGACGGAAAAACAAAUUGAAAUAUAAGUUCUUUAGAAAAAAUGGAGGAUUGUUAUUGCAACAACAGAUCUCUUCAACUCGAGAAAGUGCAAUGAAAACAGAACUCUUCACAGUAGAAGAGUUAGAGAAGGCCACAAACAAUUUUAAUGAAAGUCGAGUUCUUGGCAAAGGAGGGCUUGGUACAGUUUACAAAGGGAUGUUAUCAGAUGGAAGCAUAGUGGCGGUUAAGAAGUCUAACGAAGUUGAUGAAAAUCAAGUUGGUCAGUUCAUUAACGAAGUUAUUAUCCUUUCUCACAUAAAUCACAGAAACAUUGUGAAAUUGUUAGGUUGUUGCCUAGAGACUGAAGUUCCAAUCCUGGUGUAUGAAUAUGUCUCGAAUGGCACCCUCUCCGACCAUCUUCACGAUGAUGUCUAUGCUUCGAUGUCUUGGAAUGAUCGCUUGAGAGUUGCUGGGGAGGUUGCAGGAGCACUUGCUUAUUUGCACUCAUGUGUUUCUACAACUAUCCUUCACAGAGAUAUAAAGUCUAGCAACAUAUUGUUGGACGAAAAUUACAUGGCUAUAGUAUCCGACUUUGGACUUUCAAGGUCAGUACCCCUUAAUAAGACUCAUUUGACGACAUUGGUGGCAGGCACAUUUGGUUACUUGGAUCCCGAAUACUUUCGAUCAGGGCAACUAACUGAUAAAAGUGAUGUUUAUUCAUUUGGCGUAGUUCUUGCUGAACUGCUAACAGGAAGAAAAGCGGUUUCUUCUAAUAGUUCUUAUGAAGGUCUUGUACUUCGUUUUCGAUUAUCAAUAAAAGAGAGUGGUCUGUUUGAAAUCCUUGACGCACUAGUUGUGAAUGAAGGCCAAGAGGAGGAGAUUAAUGUUGUUGCUACUCUUGCAAAGAGAUGCCUAAAAUUGAAUGCGAAGAAAAGGCCAAGUAUGAAAGAAGUGGCAGCGGAACUCGACCGAUUGAGAUGGAUACAAGAGCAGCUAUUAAUUCAACAGAAUAGCUUGAAUAGCUACAACUUGGUUGAGAAUUCUGUGGAUGACAACUCUGAUGAUGAUCUGGCAUUCUUAUCAAUGCAAGACAGUCAUGCAUCCAAUGUUUAUCCUAGUCAUAGGAAAGAACAAAAGGAUAGAAAUAAAGGAAAAGCAAUGAAAGUUUUUAUGUCUAAAAAUUCUACUUUGAGUGAUAGUGAUUCUCCUCUGAAUGAUUCUAAUGAUUUUUCUUAUGUCACUUUUCUUGAUAAAGUUCCUCAUGUCAUGUCUUUAUUUGACUCUGAUAUUUCAAAUAAUGAAGACAAUAAGUUUCAUGAUGAACAGGUACAAGAGGCUGAAAAGGACGAUGAAAAGUUGAAGAAGAUGUUCAAAGAAACCAUUGAAGUCAAACAGGCAAUCAAUAAGCUAGCAAAGGAGCUUAUCCAAACAAAAGGAGAGAAUGCAAAUCUAAAGAAACAGAUUGAUGAAGGAAAAAAGAAAAGCUUUUGA